GGGAGCCAAUAGGGGGUCCGUAGCCAUUUUGGCUCAAGCCGUUUUGGCGCAAGCAGUGCUGGCUCGGGCGACCGCGGACCACGGGCGCGCGUCCGGUCCGAUACAUCUGCCCAUGCCAUUGCGCGCCACCGCCAACACAGCCACCUGGCGGGAGAGCGCCUGCGCCGGGCGGCGCAGCCGCGGCCGGGCAAGCCCCGCCAGAGGAGGUGCCGAGCCAGGCCUUGGAGCGUGACGGCAGGCCCCCGGCCAGCACCGUUCGGGGGCCGUGGUGCGGCGCGCCGUAUCCCCUGUUCGAGGACCGCGGGCUCUCGGAGGAGGCGCGCCUGCUCGUUCCCGCGCCCUUCUCCGCCGCCGCGGCAAGCCUCAUCGCCCCGUCCAGGCGGCACCUGUCCAAGGGCCGGCAGCUCGAGCACGCCUGGAGCUUCCGCGUCGAAUCCUGUGGCCCUGGGGAGCCUUGCCACUUUGUGGUCUUCGCCGAGCUGGACGCGGAGGCGGCCGCUCUUCCAGAGGUGGGCCCGCGGUACGACGUGGGUCUCCGUGGGCGCUCGUUGACGCUGUGCGCCACGGGGGAGCCGUCAAGGACGCCCAGAGGCUUUAGCAGCCCGGCGAGGUGUGCGGUGAUGGAGCCUGGCGGAUACAGCCUCUCAGUCGUGGUCACAUUCGAGCGCUUGGACCACGCGUGCAUGCCAAAGAACGUCUGCGCUGGGGGCUGCGCGUGCCAGACUCUCAACUUGUCGUCGUCCAGAGUGACCUUCCGAGCUCUUGACACGGCGGCUGGCUCGCCUCCCCCUCCUGCCUCGCUCCCGCCUUGCGGGCCGUCUGGGCCAAGCCCAGCCGAGGGGCGGUGGGUACUGUGGGAGGGCGGGGACCCGCACAAUUGGACGUGGUCUCCAUGGCUCUGCAGCUUGGGGUGGGCGCGCUCCGUGGAGAAGCGCGACUGCCCUCGGAUAUGGCUCGUCGGCGACUCUCACAUGCAUCAGGUUCAUGCGAAGCUGGGCAGCUGGAACUGGACGCGCCCGAAGGACGUGAUGCAGAGCUUCUACUUCCGCGGUUCUGGCAUCUUCAAGCGCGACAUCGCCCCCCGAGAUUUCAAUGACAUGGUUCAGCGCGCUGCCCGCGGCGAUUGCAACGGCACGCCUUACCCAUAUCCUCUCGAGGAGGGUGGCGUCAGCGGCGCUUUUUUGCACUACGUGAUGAAGCGUGUUCACGAGAUGGCUGAGAACGACGUCGUCGUCCUUUCUGCAGGGACCUGGGAUCUGCGCGACGAUACCGUGGAGGCGUUCCUGGGCGACUUGGCUCGCUUCCUAGAGGCAUCCAGAGCCCAGAGGAGUGAGAUCAAACGGCGCGGGGCACGCGUAUUCUGGCGCACGGCGCCCCCAUAUUCUUUCCACAAGAGCAUGUGGCAAGGGCGCGAGGGGCGCACCAACGAGAAGCUGGCCGCCGCGAGCAUCGGCGCCAAGGAGCUGGCGGCCAGGGAGGGCCUGGAGGUCUGGGACAGCUACCGCGUCCUGGCGGCGCGCUGGGACAGCCCCUGCGACACGCACCACUAUUUGUGCGGCAAGAGCCCCUUUGAGCCAGGUGUCGACGACUUGUCCGUCUUCCUGUCUUUGGUCUGCAAGCGUCCAGGGCUCUGAGUGCUGCUCCCUUGAAUUAUAUCGAAAGAACCAUGGUAAUCCGAUGAUCAUCGUCCCGACAGGUCGCAUCGCAUUUCCGAGCUCCAAUGGGGGAGCCGCCUGGGGGUAUUCCAAUUUGUUGGUUUGAAUCGAGGGAGGUGGCAGAGACUCAGGUUAGCGGUCGGUAGAUUGGGCGAGGUGGCAAAUAUUAUCCAGGAGCAGCAACGACCCCAUCCCCGAAGGGGAACAAUGGGGUUAGACAAGGAACCGCGAUUGACCAUCUCCUGCCCAGAAGACGGGUGGGUUUUUGAGUUAGGAGACCCCAUGCGAGGAGUUGUUUGGGUCGGUUCCGGCGAAGCCAUCAUCAAAUGUCCUGUCAAUGCUGUCGCCGAUGACCACUUCGACAAUUUGUGUCACUUUUCAAUGGACACUCACCCAAUGCUGUCGCCGAUGACCACUUCGACAAUUUGUGUCACUUUUCAAUGGACACUCACCCAAAGGGGUGGGCAGAUUUCCUUGCCUUAGAUGAAC